AGUUUUAUAGCCGUGAGUUCUUUCACACGUCCCCAUUCACAUCUGCACACAUACACACAACGCUCUCCUGGUUCAGCUCCUUUGAUCAGCAUGAGCUAUCCACUGGUGAUACUGCUCUGUGUGGGACUUCUGCACCAGACUGCAAGAGCUGUGAAGAUGGAUAAAAUAGCAGAUGAAAAGAUUUGUGGAGAUGCAGAGUGCACAUAUGUUCUCUCCAUGGCCACAGCCCUGGAUGACUUCAUUGCUCCUGACUGCAGAUUCAUCAACAUCAGGAAGGGUCAGAUGGUUUACGUGUAUUCUAAACUCGUACCAGCGGAGGGCACUGGAGUCUUCUGGUCUGGAAGUGUUUACAGUGAGCGGUAUGUGGACCAGAUGGGCAUCAUCGGAUACUUUCCUGCAACUGUGGUGAAGGAGACACACAAGUUCACGGUAGACACAGUUAAGAUGCAAACAACUGACAUGGACUUCUACUGUGAUUAAGGCAUGACAGAAUGAAAGCUUCCUCCUUUCAAGGCUUUCUUUCAGCAGCUCUGACUUUAACAGGACAAUUAUUUAGUCAUGUCCAUGUGUCAGACUAUGUGCCAUUAUAUCCUGUUUGCAUCGCCUUCAUCUGGAAUGAAACUGCCUCAAGCUUUCUGUGUAUUUUGCUCAAUAAACCUUUCUCCACGUCAUUUCAAAAAA